AUGUCAAAACUUAAAGGAAAAAAGGAAGCUUCGUCCAGCAAAGUCUCUAUAGCUGACCGGAAAACCAAAAAUGGAGGCUCCGCCGUCGCGUCGAGCGUCACUUCUUCCAGCGGCACAUGGUCGAGUCUGUUUCUCCUUUGGCCAAAAUGGAAUGAAAUUGAAAUCAAUAAAGAAAACUGGGAGUCGAGUAAAACGGAUGAUGGGAAACCAGCAAAAGGAUCAAAUACAAAUAUGAAUGUAAACACGAAUAAUACAACAACACCAUUCUUUGAAGAUCCAGAAGGUAAAGUAAUCCUUCCCACUGUUCUCAAGGUGCACUCAUGGAAGCGACCUAAGGAGUUCAUUAUUACUGACAAUUCAAAGACUCCAACUGUGGUUGAAAAUCACAGUACCUUUGACCUGGUGUCCUCCAAUGAGCAUCUAAUGUGCAGUGAGCUCAUGAGACGGAUCCUCAGUGAGAUCUAUAUAUUCUGGACCCACUGUCACAGUACGUCUCCAGAACAAAGAGAAUGGAAGCCCUGGGAGCACAUCUACUCUCUCUGCAAGGUCGUGAAAGGUCAUGUCCCCCUCUUCAAUGAGUACGGCAAAUAUGUGGUCAAACUCUUCUGGAUGGGCUGCUGGAGGAGGUUAACUGUGGAUGAUUCAAUGCCUUUUGAUGAAAGCAAUAAGCUGCUUCUCCCUGCCUCCACAUGUCCGUCAGAACUCUGGCCAAUGCUGUUAGCCAAAGCUUUGAUUAAACUGGCGAACACUAAUCCUCUUUCGGAGACUGGUGGAGAGAUCGGAGAAUUCACCUUUAUACCGGCAUUCACUGGAUGGGUCCCAGAAAUCCAUCCUCUUAUUUCCACAGACCUGCAGAAAAUGUGGGCUUUUCUGCGGAGCUCCAUUCUCACGUACAGAUACCCAGAUGAGAGCUCAGUGGAGUCCAGACCCGUGACAGAAGCGUCGUCUGUGGUGGAUGAAGCUAACAACCCGACUCAAGACCACACUGUGCUGUUGACGAGAACCAGAGAUUGUUCCCUGGAACCACCCCCAAAACCUGUUGUGCCCCGCUGGAAACUGAUCCGCCCUCGCAAAGAAAUUGUGAUUUCAGACGAACCUCAAAAGCUUGCUUUGUCAAAACCUGAACUGUUCAUUGAAGUUUCCAGUGUGUUCCUGCAGCUCCACAUCAAGAGCAGCACACAGCCAGAAAUGCAGAGAAGGCAGGGUCAGAAUGCUCUGGUGUCCAUCGCUGAGAGCGAGGAGUCUGGAUGCAGCAACGGCAAUGAGCCUGAUGCGCCUCAACACGCCACCAACUCUCCAAACAACACACACAAAACAGAGGUUACUGCUGUGUACAGAAAGAAGGAGGAGGAUGACACUUCCAGUGGCACAAAGGAUCUCCAGCAAAAUCUUCUAGGACCGUCUGAAUCCGCUUUGAAUUUGGCGUGGGUUGAACUUGAAGACUUUCCAUCAUGUUUCCAGAAUCUUAUUACUUUUCACAACCCACAAAAAUACCCACACAAAUUCAGCAAAAGCCACUUCAAGGCUUCUGUUGUUCCUAAAUCCUCUUCCUCGGAUGAGUUAUGGGAAAUAGCUGCCGCAGAGAGUGAGGAUGUGAGCGGCCGUCUCUACCUGUGCGUGGACAGCCUGCAGACCUCCCAGAUCUUCAUCACGCUCUCUGCUCUUCUCCGCUUUUCCAACUCCACCGAGUCAGUGAAAGAUCAACCGCUGACCUCUGCCGUACUGAUGGUCCAGCCGUACUCCUGGAAAAGUCUGCAGUGUCAGCUCCCUCUUGUCACUAUCCACACUUCCUACUCCGAAACAGCCAAGUUAAUCUUACCUCCAGGGAGACAUGUACUCUGUAUUCGAACCUCAUCAGCUUUGGGCUACAACAUCCAGCUUUUCAGCGAGACGCCUUUUGUAAUUGGGGAUGAAAAUGCCAUAAUGUCAGAAGUUACAAAGAAGAGUCUUCACUUCACUUCUCUGGCUUCAUCCAUCCUGACGGCCUUAUCCAAGGCUAUAGCAACCUUCUGUGAUGUAGAGGAAGGUCUAUCUGCCAAGAGAGUCCUGUUGGAGACAUACUGCCCCCAACACAUCAACAAGUUUCAGAAAUUCCAGCUCUACAAGCUCUUUAACUCUGCAGUCGAGCAUAUGUUUUCCGAGGCUCUAGAGAGGAAGCUAACUCCUGAUGAACAACGUGCUCUUCAGGCUCUCACUACGGACCCAUCACUGGAGGUCAACAAACCAUCUUCAGAGAUUUCAACAAUCCCUGGAAACAAAACAGACAGUGAAACAACAGACCAAGAGGAAAAUCCAGUUAACAAUAUGCAGCCUGGAAUUGACGAAGACUUAUCUAUACAGAUAUUUGAAGCUGCCCAACCAGGCACUCGGGAAAACGCUGAAGCUUCUCAGAUCCUGUUCGACAUGUGGCUAAGGAUAGAGUCUGAUUUGGAGAAACAUGCUGCCUCUCUACUCAGUUACAUCCUUGAAAACUCAGGAAAAGAGGCUGAACUUUAUCCCUGUGAAAAGGACGACUGGGCGAAUGUAGCUUUUGAUGAUUAUUCUUCUUCAAUUCAAAACAGCCGAAGCUCCUGGUUUGUUGUGUUUAGAGAGGUUUUGUUUGUUUCUGAAGACAUACUUGUGGUCCCAAAAGUCACCUUACAAAUAUCUACCUGCGUGUUACAUGUCAUAAACAAUGACUCUGGAGAAGAGGUUGGCAAUAUUUGUAACAAAGUCGUUCCUUAUGUCUAUCGACCCAAUCAGCUUGGUUACACAUUUUUAGCAGAGGCUGUUAGCGCUGAAGCUGAUUCCACAUGGAGCAUGCGCCUUAUCGGUUCAAAUAGCUCUCUCCCAAAGCCAGUCAAUGAGAAAUCUGUGAAUAAGUUUGCACAAAAGGACUUCACCGAAUAUUAUGUUCCAAACAGGCACAAUGUAAUAUGUCGAUAUGUUGUGGAAGUUAGCUCAGAUGUGUUGUGUACAAUUCAGUUUGAGACUUCCAAGGCUGAUGUUAUGAUUCGUCUCUCAGUCCUGGACCAGGGAAAAGAGGUUUCCAGCCGCACAGGGACAGGACAUGUCCUCAUUCCUGUGUUCUUCUUUUUAGCCAAUGUUGAAGACAAGACUCAGAACAAGCCGUGUGGUCCCAAACCAAGUGCCCACGAAGUGGACAGUGUGCAGCCUCCCACAGAGACCAGGGUAUCAGUGACACAGCCGUCAGUCGCUGCUCAGACGUUCCUCUCACUGCCUUUGUCGCUCCUCACCCACUUGUUUGCGAAUCAUGUGUACGUCAUACAAGCUAAGGUGUUGUAUGAGAGCUGGGCUUUGAAUGAGUCACAGCAAGCUUUUGUCCAAAAACUCCAAGAGGAAGAGAAGAACAAAUUAAGAGUGACUGCACCUGCAUUCACGCCAGCACCCCCUGAACCUCAAAAAACGGAAACGCCCAAACCCAAGGCUAAGGGGAAAUCCAAGAUACAGGAAUCAGUAAAAAAUGAAACCAUAGACCUGUCCAUGGCAAACUGGACCCUGCGUUUAGUCACAGACAAAGAGGAAAACAUGAAGGUGACUAAGGACACAGAGAGAAGAGAUGAGAUUAAAUCCCUGAAAAAGGCUUGGGAGACGGCCGAACCGGGACGCGCUGCCAAGGCUUUGCAGUGUCGGCUCAAGUUUCUCGAACAAUUCAGGAAGCGAGAAGAUACGGAGAAUACAGAAAGUCCUGUUACAGCUGCCUCAGAAGCCAAUAAGAAAGAAGCAAAACCUCUCCAGUAUGUUCCCAUGGACUAUACCCCCUUUAUCAGAAAGGAGAAGGAAGAACCAACGCUGUACACUUCCGAAAUUGAGGAGUUGGAGAUGAGGGAACGCAUGGAGAAGAUUCAGUCCUAUCGCUUGGUUCGAGAAAAUGUUCUGGAGCGCCGCAAAGAGCAAGAAAUAAACACAGAGAAUCUCAAGAAACAUCAGCAGGACAUGUUUGAGACUAUGCAGGCAAAACUGUGGGCGAGUCGUAGGAAGCUGCUGGAAGUGGACGCGUGUAACGUCCGUCAAAAAGGAGACAAAGAGGAACAAGAUAAACAAGCCGUGGAGGACGAGCAGGACGCCACGAAGCAGCCGCUCAAACCUGCCAAACCUGCCAAGAAGAAAUGA